AUGGAUGUGCAGACUGAGGCGAUGUCAUUCCUAGAGCGAUGUGGCCUUCCUGUUCAGACUGCAGUCCACAACACCUCUGGACAUCUCCUGAGUUUUGAGGAACUAGUGGAGCGCUAUCUGUCAGUGAUGGACGGAGAUCCUUUGCAAGACAUCAUCAGAGAAGUGUUUGAAACAUUAAAAUCACAAGUGCUUCCCAAACUCAAUUCAUUUCCAGCAGGAAUCACCCAUGGAGACUUCAGUGACCAAAACAUUCUAGUUACACCUGUUGGAAAUGGGCAUCAUAGAGUGUCAGGCGUCAUAGACUUCACAUUUCUGUACAUAAAGUGUUAUGUGAAUGAGGUGGCAGUGACCAUAGCUUACAUGAUGCUGGAGAAUGUUUGUCCUUUGAGUGUGGGCGGGGCGGUGUUGGCCGGAUGGGAGAGCGUCAUGCCUCUCAGUGAAGAGGAGAGAGAGUGCAUCUAUCUGCUGGUGCUGGGACGACUGUGCCAGAGUUUAGUGUAUGGACAGCACAAUGCUCUUCAAAUCCCAGAAAACAGAGACUACUUCCUGGUCACCGCAAAGCAUGGGAUUCAGAUUCUCACUGAUCUGUGGGAAAUGGGGAAAAAAGAAGUGGAACAGACAUGGUUCCGUGAUGCCAAAACAAUAUCAAAAUUUUGGACCAAAGCCUCAUGCAGUCUACAGCUGUGGACAACUUCCCAUCAGGCUCACACCGGUCUUAUGAAAGCUAUCAACAAGAAGUGCUACGACAACUGUGGGCCGCACACAGCCGUGUUGGAGAGGGGGGCACAAUCGAUUGGACAGACCCGAUUUAGAGCGCAGAGCCGAGGACUGAGUCACCGGGUGAACGCCGCAGUGAAGGGCGCAGACUCUCCGCCUGUGUGGGAAGAUGAAGAGGGGCUCGGGUUCCAUCCCCCAUACCUGAAAUGCAUCAUGGGAUAUGUCCAAGUUAAAGAUGAGUGA